AUGGCACAGGUGAAGGAUGCGAAGCCUGAAGACGCGCUGAACGGACAUGCGCCCGUCGUGCCGGAGAAGGCGGGCGGUUUCGAUGGCGCGGACAACGAGCCCCCAAAGCCGCAGAAGACGGAUACGUUCGGCAGCAAGAAGAAGGGCCCGGAAGGUGGCUUCGACGACACACCCAUACCGCGCGCACCUCCCGGCUAUACCGUCAAGUUUACGCUACAUCGCGCCAACAACCUGCCGCUCGCCGACAUCAAUACCCUGAGCGCCGAUCCCUUCAUCGUCGCCCAGCUCUUCACCGGCCUGCCCACACGACACAAAGAAGACCCGCCGUUGACGUUGCGAACACCGACAGUGCGACAGAGCACCGAUCCUGUAUGGGACUGCGAGUGGGUAGUCGCCAACGUGCCCGCUUCGGGCUUCAACCUCAAAUGCCGCAUAUACGACGAAGACCCUGCAGACCAUGACGACCGCCUCGGCAACGUCCACGUUACCGUCCCUGCAGUAAACGAGAACUGGGGAGGCAUACAAGACCAGACGUAUCCCAUCAAGAAGCGCAUGGUGAGCAAGCGGGCCUAUGCGCUGCGGGCAAUGGCUGUUUGCUUCGGCAAGGCGCAACACAUGAAUGGCACGCUCAACGUCAGUGUACAAGUGCUGGGCAGGACCGAAGACGACAACGGCGGGCGUGCCUAUACAAUUGGUCCACAGUUCUGGAUACGGCACUAUUCUCCGCUUCUAGGACGCCUCUUGGGUCAGAAAGAGCCCAACAACGAUGGCCAAGUGUCGCGCAGGAGCGGCAAGCAGAAGCCUGAGAAGUACAACUUCCAGUCAAACCAAAUGCAAAUGCGCGGUCCAGUCCCCGAAGCCAUGUACCACCGCUACGUCGAGUUCAAGCCUUUUGUCAAGAGCAUGUUCACCGCCAAGGGCGUGCGAGGAUUCAUCCUCUCAAAAGCACUACAUCACCAGCACGCACGCGUGUACAACUUCGAUCAUGCCACCGAAUUCAAAACCUUGCCCGCACCCUGCCAGGAAUUCACACAAAAGUUCCUCGAACUAGUCCACUACGAUCAAGGUGGGAGGAUCUUCACUUACGUCUUGACCCUUGAUGCACUCUUCAGAUUCACAGAAACUGGCAAGGAAUUCGGCAUCGAUAUGUUAAGCAAACACACUAUGCACAGCGAUGUCGCGGCAUACGUCGCAUUCUCCGGCGAGUUUUUCAUCAGAAGAUUAAAGCACAAGGACCGCAAGCCGCCGGAUGAAGGGGGAAACAAUACAUCCCAUCCCCCAGGCGACGUCGACGGCGGACCUCCCAAAGAAGGUCCUCCGAAAGACCCAGCCUACUACGAACUUGUCAUCGACAACGACUCAGGCACCUACCGCCCUAACGCCAAACUCCUUCCACAACUCAAAGAAUUCAUGUCUCAAAAUCUUCCCGGUCUACACAUACGUACACUCGACUGCCAAGGCGACGCCGAGAAGAUGGAACACAUGAAGAACGAACAGCGCGAGCGCAAGAAGAAGGAGGGCGACGCCGUGGUCUACACUCAGAUCAGCAGGAGCAGCAGUAUGAGUAGUAGUGAUGUGGAGGAACUGGACCGUCUAGAGGAAGAAGGUGAAAUGUCGCCCAGGCAUCUAAGACACCAGGUCCAGAGAGAGGCUGGGGCCAGGGUCGAUGCAAUGAAGUACCAUGCCAAGGACUUUCGCCCAAGCAAUAACCAUGAGGGCUGGAGGGGCGAUGGUCAUCCGGCCAAGGCGGACGAUGAGGAGGUGGAUAGGUUGAGACAGGAGCAUGGGGAUAAACCCGUGGGAUCAUCGCAGGAGGGCACAGCGUCUGGUGCCAAGAGCUAA